CUAAGGAUGUUUUGGAGAGCCGUUAUGUUCUGAAGACCUCUGCCUGUGGUCCUGUCUCGUUAUCCCAUCAAGUCGCUUUGUUAACCACGAGCUCCGGGACUUGCUUUCUAUCAUGUCACUGCGCGGCACCGUCGCAUUCGUGAUGGCCGAAGGAGAUGUAGCAGUCGCGAGUCGCGCCAAAGACCUGGCAAAAGACGGCGCCGACAUAGCCUUAUACAGCAAUCCAUCGCAAAGCAACGAGCACACAACAAGCCUCCGCGAUAGCAUCCACGAAGCCCAGCCGAGCGCCAAAAUCACCAUCCACAGCGGCGACUUGACCACCGCCGGAGCGCUGGAGAAGGUCUUCGCCGACGUGCUCUCCGAUCAUGGAAGAAUUGAUGUUGUGGUCAACAGCGCUGGAAUGUUGGUGCAAAUGCCCACGAGCAGCCGUUCUCCAGCUUUGGAGUACAACGACCUUCUUGCUUAUGCGGUGUUCGUGGACGAGCAGUGGCGAAUUGCCGUUGAGCAAUUGGAUGCGGAGAUCGGACGGACGUGACGAAGGUGGAGAACAUGCAUUACGAUUUUACGACCAGACAUGAACCAGCAAACGCCCCGAGGGAGUCGCAAGUUGUAACCUGUUGACGGAGCCAGCACGAGUCAUGGCGACAACUGCCCUGCUUCUGAUCGCUGCAUCUGAAUCAUCAUCGCAUCUGAUCGUAUCGGAUGACCACACAUGGAUUCAAGGUUAAAGGUCUUCAGCCUUGGCUGGCAGGGCUGCGAGGGCGUGGUGGGCUUGUGACGCAAUCAAGGCUGCCGCAGCUUCAAACCUGUUUUCCCCACCACGCGCACUCCAGUUUGUCCAAGGAAAUGGUGUGGGCAUUCCAGUCUCGCAGAAAUGAGUGCCAUUUCGAUA